AUUUGUAAAAAAAAAAGUAAAUCUCACAAUGCCACAAAAUGAGUACAUGGAACGCCAUCGGAAGCUUUACGGUAGGCGCCUCGAUUUUGAAGAAAGAAAACGUAAAAGAGAAGCUCGUUUGCCGAAGGAACGCGCAAAGAAAGCACAGAAACUUCGUGGAAUAAAAGCAAAACUUUUUAACAAGGAACGCAGAAAUGAAAAAAUUCAAAUUAAAAAAAAUAUUCAAGCCCAUGAAGAAAAGAAGGUUAAGAAACAAGUGGAAAAAGUUGAAGAUGGUGCUUUACCACACUAUUUAUUGGAUAGAGGAAUCCAAUCAAGUGCAAAAGUUUUGUCGAAUAUGAUUAAGCAGAAGCGAAAAGAAAAGGCUGGAAAAUGGGACGUUCCUAUUCCCAAAGUACGCGCCCAGUCGGACGCUGAAGUAUUCAAAGUUCUUAGUACGGGCAAAACAAAGCGCAAGGCGUGGAAAAGAAUGGUUACUAAAGUGACCUUUGUUGGUGAAAACUUUACUCGAAAACCACCUAAGUUUGAACGUUUUAUUAGGCCUAUGGCCCUGCGUAUGAAAAAGGCUCAUGUUACACAUCCAGAAUUGAAGGCCACUUUUCAUUUACCUAUAAUUGGAGUUAAAAAGAAUCCAAGUUCUCCUAUGUUUACCUCACUGGGUGUUAUUACCAAAGGUACGGUCAUUGAAGUGAAUAUAUCAGAAUUGGGUUUAGUGACACAAACUGGAAAAGUUGUCUGGGGUAAAUAUGCACAGGUGACCAACAAUCCUGAAAAUGAUGGAGUUAUUAAUGCAGUGUUAUUGGUUUGAACAUAAACAAAUCACUUAGCGUUAAGGUUUAUUCUAAUGUACAAUUUUUUAAUAAAGAAAAUGUCAAAAUAAUGUAAUAAA